CCGACAUCAUUCGAUUGUUCUACUCCCAACUAUCAAGUCCCAGGGUCUGCAAACAUUUCGCGCCAAGAAAACGGUCGCCGGCGUUUUUCAUUUUUCAUUGCUGUAAUAAGAAAUAAAUAUGACCAAAUCUGCUCGACGCAAGAAUCUCGAAAAGAGAGCGAUGAAUAACCGAAAAGGAAGAAAAGACGUAAAACUGGAUGCCAAAACUGAAUCUGAUAGUGAAAGUCUCGAUGAAUCUAUGGAGGUAGAGACAGAAAAAAAAGGAGUCAAAAUGUUUAAAGGUUUGCAAGAAGAGGAAGAUGCCGAAAACGACCUUGCUCAGAAUAGUAGUUGCGAAGAUGAGGAUGUCGAUAAUGAUGAUGAAGACGACGAUGAUGAUAAUGAUAAUGAUGAGGACGAUGAUGAAGACGAUGAUGAUGAAGAUGAUGAUGAUGAAGAUGAUGAAGAUAAAAAUGAAUGCUCUGAAGAUGAACCUGGAAGUCCAAUGAAUCAAAAUUCAUCAGAAAAUAAUUCUGAAAAGGAUAAUGACGAUUCAAGCGAUGAUGAUGAAGGUGGUAAUAUUUCUCUAAAAUCUAACUUUACUUUAAGUAAAUUGUUAGGUGAAAGCUUAGCUGAAGAUGACGAUGAUGAUGAUUUUAAUCCUGAUGGUGAAGAUCAAUCAAUGUCUGAAGAUGAAGUUUCUAAAUCUGCUGUUGCUGAAGAAUUAAAGGCCAAUGAAUCUACUGAUGAGGAUGAAGAUGAGGAUGAGGACGAAGAUGAGGAUGAUGAUGAUGAUAAAGAUGAGGAUGAAGAUAGGCCUGGCUUGCAAGCGCUGUUAGGGGAAAGUUUGGCAGAUGAGGAUGAUGACGAGGACUUUGAUGUUAACGAUGAAGAUGACUCAAAGUCUGAAGAUGAAGUUUCAAGAUCUGCUGUGGAAAAAGAAUUACAGGACAACUUAUCUUGCAGCGAAAAUGAAGAUGAUGAUGAAAGUGAUGAUGAUGAAGAUGAUGAAGACGGGCCUGGUUUAAAAGCACUGUUAGGUGAGAGCUUAGUAGACGAUGAUGACGAUGAAGAUUUUAAUGAAGAUGGUGAAGAUGACGAAGAUGAAGAUAUUAGUGAUGACAGUAUUGAUGAAAAAGAUUUAAGAAUUAACGAUACAGAAUCAAAUGAAAAAAAUAAAAAAAAACAUGAUAAACCUGUCAAAUUAUCACCAGAAGAACAAGCUGCGAAAGAAGCAAGAACAAUCUACAUUGGUAAUGUUCCUAAGGAAGUAACAACCAAAGAUAUCAAAAAACUGUUUAGACCUUUUGGUAUCAUAGAAAAUAUUCGUGUUAGAGGAGUGGUAGCAGAGGAUGAUAAAACUUCAGCCAAAGUAGCCAGUAUUACCAAAAAACUCCAUCCUAAAGUAAAAACUGUUUACAAUUAUGUUUGUUUUAAAGAUCAAGAAUCUGCCACAAAAGCUCUUAAACUAAACGGAUACAAACUUCUAGAUCAUACUUUGCGAGUUGAUCUUUGUAAUUCAAAAAAGGAACAUGACCAGAAAAAAGCAGUGUUUUUAGGAAAUUUACCAUUUGAACUUACAGACGAAGAUGUUCAUUCCCACUUUGCCUCUUGUGGUAAAAUUGAAUCUGUACGUAUAGUUAAAGACCGCAAAACUGGUUUAAGUAGAGGAGUUGGAUAUAUCAAUUUUGUAGAAGAAGAUUCAGUUACUUUAGCUCUUGAGUUGAAUGAUACAAAAAUGAAAAAUCGUCAAAUUAGAGUCAAAAAGUGCAGUACAGUUACAGGAAAGAAAAAGAGGAAACACAAUAAUUCAAAUCAAGGGAAUGUUUCAAAGAAAAAAUUCAAAAAUAAUCACGGAAAUGCUUCCAAAAUCAUGACAGAAAAAAAAAAUGCUGGAAAACAAGAACAAAAAAAGAAUUCAUAA